UUAACGCAGACGGACCUGGAUUUUGUUGGGGUUUUACGACAAUUUCUCACCAUUUCCGACAUAAACACACGGACGUCAGUCAACAUGAGGUCAAAAGUUAUUAUCCUCAUCUGUUCUUAACGAAAGAUAAGUGAUAUGGCCGGCUCCAUGGUGGCAGCGGGGCUAGUUUUGGCCGCAGCUGGAUUUGCAGGUCGCUAUGCCAUGCGGGCCAUGAAGCAGAUGGAGCCCCAAGUGAAACAGGCCCUUCAGAUCUUCCCAAAGAAUGCCUUCGGAGGGGGUUACUAUCGAGGUGGUUUUGAACCAAAGAUGACUCAGAGAGAAGCUGCAUUGGUUUUAGGUGUAAGUCCAACUGCCAGUUGGAAUAAGAUCAGAGAGGCCCACAGAAAACUGAUGAUACUAAACCACCCAGACAGAGGCGGCUCUCCCUACCUAGCAGCAAAGAUUAAUGAGGCUAAAGAUCUAAUUGAAGGCCAGGCAAAGAAGUGACAAGACUGGCCCAAGCAAAUUUACUAAUCUUGUUGCACAUGAGAAAUAAUUUUGUUUGCAAAUAAAUCACAUUGUAUAAAUUGAACCAUU